AUGUUCUUUGACGACAACGAGGAGCCGCACGAGGGCUCGCGGGACGGGCGGUCGCCGAGCAGUGGGGCGUCGAGCGUGGGCGACGUGCCGCUGCCACCGCUGCCCCCACCCACGCCGCCGUCGCGCAUCAACGACAUGGCCACGGAGGAGAUCUACAGCAUCAUCAAGGAGCUGCGGCGGCAGAUCGACGACCCCGCGACGCACCAGGACAUCAAGGCGAUGCUGAAGAAGGAGCCGUCCGUGCUGUUGGCCGUCGCCCGCGUGCUGCACGAGUCGGCGCUGCUGCGGCGCACCGUUGUGGGUGUGGACGGGCAGGUGGAGGAGCAGGUGGUGCCCCUUCCGCAGGCCCCUCCCCCGCCGCUGCCGUCAGGGUACCGCAGCUGGGCGUGA